UUAACCUGAGAAAGGUAGAAACAGGAGAGUCGGUCUGACGUGGCAUUGACCAAUCUUGUCAUGUAUCGCUCCGGACAGUCGCCCCAGCAGCGCGUGUGCUUUCAACCUCAGUCAGUCCCUCAGAGCAGAAUAGAGUAAACUAUUCUUCUGUCACAGUCGCAGUCACAGAGCGAGCGAGCGAAGCAAGAAAGUGUGAGAGUGAGAUUGGGAGAGAGAGAGAGAGAAAGAGCCUUCCUUCCUCUCUUCAAGUAAUUUCAAACCUUCUUUGUCUUUCUUUUCCAUUCCAUUUCUCUCUUUUCUUUUCUACUCAAAAACCCUAAUAAAUAAAAUAAAACUUUUCUUCUUUAACCACCAAUUCCUCUAAAUCCUGGGGAUUUCAAAAUCCUUAAGGAUUUCCUCCUCCUCCUAUUUCCGAAACCCUAAAGAAGCCGCUCUGUUUGGUUCGGAAUUAAUUAGGGUAUGUAUGUAUGGCUUCAGGUGCAUUGGGCGGUGACGAAGCCAGAGACAAGAAGCGUCCUUGGGAGGAUGGCAACAAGGUCUAUUCCCGAAAAACCCCUAAGAAGCCCAAGAAUUCCCACAAUGUCCCCAAAACCAAACCCAAAACCCAAACCCUAACCCUAACCGAAGAUAACAACUACUCCGCUUCCCCGCCUCGUGAUGCUUCCGACGACGACUCCUCCAGCCACGUUGGGAAUGUCUUCCGCAGGAUUUCCUUGAAUUCGAUAAGGAAGAGUGAGGUUAGAGAGCUUAAGAGGAAGCUAGUCACUGAGCUAGACCAAGUUAGAGGCUUUAUCAAGAAGCUUCAAGCUAAGGAGAAGGAGCAGGAGCAGAAGGAGAAGCCCAAUCAUGAUCAGCGAAGGACCGUUCCUAACGCACCGAAUCCAAAUAAUGUAAAGAAGAAGAUGAAGAAGUUGAAAUCCAAUGGGGGAAGUGUUGUUGAAUUGGAUUGGCAUUUGAGUCCUGUGUUGAAGACCUGUAGUGAUUUGCUAACGAAAUUGAUGAAGCAUAAGUUUGGUUGGGUGUUUAACAAGCCAGUGGAUGUGAAGGGUUUGGGGCUUCAUGAUUACCAUACCAUUGUAAAGCAUCCAAUGGAUUUGGGAACAGUGAAGACUAGGCUUGAUAAGAAUUGGUAUAAAUCGCCUAGAGAGUUUGCAGAGGAUGUGAGACUCACGUUUAGUAAUGCCAUGUUGUAUAACCCGAAAGGGCAGGAUGUUCACUUCAUGGCUGAGCAGUUGUCCAAGAUAUAUGAAGAUCAAUGGAAGCCUAUAGAGGCCGAGAUUAAUCACACUAGGAGAGUUGAAACCAAUCGCAAUGCAGGUUUACCAACACCCACUUCAAGAAAGACUCCAAUGCUAAAUCGAGCUGAAAUGCGUCGUGAUGCAGCUUUGCCAACACCCACUUCUAGAAAAACACCAAUGCUGCCUCGAGCACAUGCUCCGGCUCCGGCUCCUGCUCCUGCUCCACCGCCGCUUCUGCCUUCUCCUCCUCCUUCUCCUCCUCCUCCUCCUCCUCCACCCGUGGAGAUGAGGACUUUGGAAAGGUCGGAAUCUCGGACAAUGACUGAGGAGCCCAAGUCAAAACCUCCUGGUUAUGGUCAGUUGGGUAGAACCUCAAUUCCAAAGAAACCUAAAGCUAAGGAUCCUGACAAAAGGGAUAUGACUUAUGAGGAGAAGCAGAGGCUCAGCUCAAGCCUUCAGAGUUUGCCUUCAGAGAAACUAGAUAACAUUGUCCAGAUUAUCAAGAAGAGGCAUUCCGCACUUUUUCAACAAGAUGAUGAGAUUGAAGUGGACAUAGCCAGUGUUGAUCCCGAAACACUUUGGGAACUAGAUAGAUUUGUGACCAACUACAAAAAGAGUUUGAGCAAGAAUAAGAGAAAAACAGAGCCAGAACCAGAGCCAGAACCAGAACCAGAGCCAGAGCCAGAGCCAGAGCCAGAGCCAGAGCCAGAGCCAGAGCCAGGACCAGAACCAGAACCAGAGCCAGAGGCAGAGGGAGAAACUGACCAUGCUAUGCCAGAGACAAAUCUGGCACCAGCCAUUGCAGAGGCAACAAAAGAAACUGAAACAGUUGAAAACAAUGUUAUGGAAUUCACCCCUGUUCAAGAAGAAAGGCAAGGUGAUAAUGUGAGUGGAUCGAGUAGUUCUAGCAGUUCUAGCAGUGGCUCCGGAUCAUCUUCAAGUGAUUCUGACACUGAUAGUUCCUCUGCAUCUGGCUCUGAUGCAGAUCAUUAAUCUUGAACUUAAGAUGUUCCAGUAGAGAUGUAAAUUAAUCUGCAAUUGUGGCACCUGACAAUUCUUGAGAAUGCAUAGGAUAUGGUGGAGCUGCUUUGGUUUACUGCUGCAUUGCCUUUUGUUUUGAAUAUUUAAGGUGUAUGACGUGCAGCUUAUAUCUAUAGGUGGUUCCUUGUAACCUUUUUUGUCAUUUUCUUCUGUGGUGGUUCUGUUUUUUUUAUCCAUUUUGUAUGAUAACGUUGGAUAUUGUAAUGACAGAGGAAACCUUUUUGCGGGGCAAAAAGGUUCAUUGCCACCAACUGCUAGACACCCCUGAUUUUAGAAUGCUGAUGCUAGGUUUUUAUGCUAGGUUUUUCCUGUUUGUUUGUCCUUUCAACAAUGCAAUGCAACAAAAGUUGGUCAAGUUAACUUGAGAA